AUGCAACAGGAAACUACGUUGAUAACUCAUUAUCCGUUGGAUAAUCAAACCUGUGUCAUCGACUUAGCUUCUUAUGCUUAUACUACUGACGAUAUUGAGUAUACUUGGGCAAAAGAAUCUCCAAUACAGCUGAAACAAGAAUUAGCUGGUUCAUUACCAAGCUUUGAGCUUGAAGCUGUAAAUACAACCUAUUGUACCAGUAAAACUGCCACUGGAUCAUACUCGUGCUUAAGAGUUGUUCUAGACUUAAAACGACAGUUCAGUUUCUAUUUGCUGCAAGUGUAUGGUCCAAGUUCGAUGCUUGUUGUGGUAUCUUGGGUAUCUUUUUGGCUUGACCGUACCGCUGUUCCAGCAAGGGUAACUUUAGGUGUCACAACACUGCUGACAAUGACUACUCAGGCAUCUGGCAUAAAUGCAAAGCUUCCCCCAGUUUCAUACACGAAAGCUAUUGAUGUAUGGAUUGGAGCAUCUGAAUUGUUAGAAUGCAACGAUGUUUGGAUCAGACAGAAAACACCAGAAGAUGACAGACCAGAAAUUUCGAUGAGUCCUUUUCGCAAACGGCAAAAAACAGCGAAGUCUAAAGUCUGGGAAAUGUUGCUGCGUCUAAAGCCAAUUCAACUGUGUAAACGAAAAUUUGAAACCAUGGAUUCUGCGAAGAAAGCAGAUUACGCUUGUAGAUACAUAUUUCCAAUUGCCUUCGUGCUUUUCAAUAUUAUUUACUGGCAAAAGUAUACACAACCUUAUGUACCUAAACCCAAAUAA